UCCUAACCAUCCUAUACUCUGUUUCAGGAUGUUUAGUUCUGAUAGACCAUUGGGAGAGAGGGACUUGCGGAAAUUAUUGAAGCUUUAUCGCACAGAGAUUUCAAUGGCUGUGGAUGAUGUCUUUCCAUUACUUCAUGGACUUGCAGACUAUGACGUUGUCACUGAAGACAUGUUCAAGGAGACUCUUCAUCUGAAUGAAAAGGAAGGCUGUCACAAGGCUUUUCAUGCCAUGUUAACAUGGCUGCUGAGCCAGGAUUCACCCUCCAUCCAGGACUUCUGGAGGGUCCUCUUCAAGAAUUACAACAUGGAGAGAUAUUGCAAGCUCCAGUCCAUUCGAAGCAGCUUUCCUAAAGAUAUGGAUUUUAACAGGCAUCGCAAGGCAAGGAAACUCACAUCUAGUCCCAAGGUACUGAUUCAGCACAAGGCUCAAGGAAAGAGGAAGGCAAUGGAGGAGAAAGACUGUCUGCACCUCUCUCAAUCUUCAUCAAAAGGCGAUCCACACUUUGGUUCCCUUCCAAGGACAAAAGCUAUGAAGAAAUCAGAAAAUGUUGAGAUUCAACAUUACUCAAUUCUCACUGGUGAUACCAAGAAAUGCAUCAAAGCUGGUGGUGAAAUGUAUGCAUCAAGCAAAUUGGAAAACUUUGAUGAGAGGAAUAAAGUUUGUGAAAUGAAACUGAGCAUGAAAGCCAAAGAAUCCCAGGUCCCAGAAUAUAAUGGACAUCAAAAAGCUAACUUCCAGGAUGGGUGCCACACUGUAUCUUUGAAGACUGGAGAUUCAGUUCCCCAACAGUCCUCCCUCAAUUUGCUGGGCCAGAAGAAUGAUGAUGAAUGUGCUGUCUGCAGGGAUGGUGGGGAACUGAUCUGUUGUGAUGGAUGCCCCAAGGCCUUCCAUCUUGCCUGCCUUGUACCACCACUGACAGAGAUUCCCAGUGGGACAUGGAGGUGUGAUUCCUGCUCACCUGGAAAGGUGAAACAAGAUCAGCGCAAUGAAGAGGAGAACAACAGAGAGCCGCUUUCUCAAACUCAGAAACUGACCAUUGGUGACAAGUGUGGCAUAUGCAGGAAAGGGGGAGACAUGACCUACUGCAAUAAAUGUUUCAGGGCUUUCCACUGGCCCUGCCAUUUUCCUCCCUCUACAGAUCAAAUCAGUGGAAUCUUGAUCUGCAAGUCCUGUUCUGGCAAUUCUGCAAUCAUCAACUUGGAAGGAGAUGCAAACUCAACUACACCAGCACUCCGAGCUGUGAAGGUGGUGGAAGAAUCUGCUGGAACUGGACCUGUUCUGAACAAAGAUGAGUUGGAUUCCCUCUUAGGGGAGAAUACCUUUGAUGGAAUCUUGCAUUGGGCAUUCCAGAACAUGUCACGUCCUAUUUCUGACACCCAAGGAUUGUUCUCAUAGGAUUCUGGAUCUGGCCUUCUUUUGCUGUAACAUCAGAUGUGCUUAAUUUUUUUCUACUGCUGAGUACUAGCAUCCAAAAUUCCUUGCUUUAAUGUGGUAUCCAUAUUACUGUGACAAUCAUUUUGUCAAACCGAUACUUCUGUGCUUUCCAGUUGAGAUAAUGCAUUUUUUAAAAUUUGUAUAACAGCAGGUAAGCAAACUAAUCUCUCUCCAAUAAUUGCAUGAUGAAACAUUGAUUUGUGAGAUACUCAAGUUUUCUUUUCUCAUAGAAAUGUCAGCAGCAAUUUUCAGAAGCAAAGCACUCUAAAUAUUCUUCUGGGCCAUGUUCCAUGUGUCCUCCAGUCAAAGGGUGCUCCUGCUGUACCAUUUAAAGAAAAUCUGCCACAGCAAAGGUCUGACCAUCCAUUUUCCUAAAUUACUCUACACCUUACUUAGCAAUUUUCAGAGAGAGACAUGCCCAGGGAACGGGGGACAGGGAAGGACCUUCUGACACAUUUAAAAUUAACAGAUUUAUUUUAGCAUGAGUUUUUGUGAUUACACUCCACUGCCUCAAAUGCACUGAGUAGUUUAUAGGCACCAUAAAGAUAAAAAAGUGGAGCAGAUGGUCUGAAAUAAGAAAGUGGGAUCUAAGAUAUGAGGGUACAGUAUAUUCUUGGGAAAAUGGGUCUUAAUCCUAUUUUUAGAUCAUUUUAGAUCAAAAAUAGAUCAGUCUAUGAUCUCUCAUACACUAAGUUUCUGAAGACAGACCGCUAACCACAUAAUUAAUUUGUGAAUGCUCUAGAAACCCGUGAAGUAACAACCCAGUUUUGCAGAAAUUGAUACUUCUGCAAUUAUUCCUACCCAUAAGGAUUGUAUUGAUCCUGUUACAGGUUUCUUUUAACUUUGACACAGUUGACAAUGUGUUCCUAAUAUCAUUGCGUGUUUGUGAGUUGGUUUUGAGACAUUCUGUGCAUUCCCGAUGGUCCCUCAUUUGCUCUGAGAAUGAUUCUCUUUAGUCAACCCUUUGUGUACCAGAUUCAGACAUCAAAGCUCAACAAAGCAGAUUUACUAGCUAUCCUAUAAAGGUAGAUUUUUUCUUCACUAAACUCUCUCACAGUCACAAUAACUGGUAAAACCUGUACGGGUUGCAGUUGGAAGUUAAGGCUAAUCUAAUAAAAAGUUUAAACUACAUUCUAAUAUGUAUUUUUUUUAAUGACACUUGAUUUUAAUGGGCUUUUAUACUUUCAUAAAUUAAUUACCAGGAAUGAAGUUGCCUAGUUUUUGGAAGGCUUUAAAAACUGCAAAGCCUCAUUGUCCAACUCUGAUAAAAUGAUAAAAUACUGUA